AUGUGUCCCUUCAUGUCUUUUAGAAGUUCCCUGCAACAGAACAUUAAAAGUACCACAUCCCUCCCUAAUGUUUUCACAAGAAGAAUUGUGGUGUUGGGAAAGACUGGAGCAGGGAAGAGCAGCCUGGCCAACACCUUGUUGGGGGAGAAUGUGUGCAAACCAGAUGAUUCUGCCGUAUCUGGAACAAGUCAAUGUCAGGCGGAGUCAAGAACGGUCAACGGGAGAAGCAUAAAACUCAUCGACACUCCUGGAUUUUUUGACACCAUAAGAUCUGAGGAAGUGAUGAAGGAGGAGAUCAUGAAGUGUAUGAUUGAAACUGCUCCUGGUCCGCAUGUUUUUAUGAUUGUACUUAAAGUGGAUAAAUACACAAAGCAGGAGAUUGAGAUCAUUAAUAAGCUGACUGAGUAUUUCUCAGAUGAAGCCCUAAAGUUCACCAUAGUGCUUUUCACUCAUGGUGACCAGCUGCUUGAAGGAACAACUAUUGAGCAGUUUGUCAGUGAAAGUCCAGAUUUAAAUGAAUUAGUCAAGAAGUGUGGCAACCGCUGCAACGUCAUUGAUAAUAAAUACUGGAAAUACAGCCUUGAUAGAUACAGGAGCAACAAGGUCCAAGUAAAUGAGAUUCUCAACACCAUAGACAAGAUUAUUGAGGAGAACGGCGGAAAGCACUACAGUCAGGAGGUGCUGGAGACCAUGAGCAGAGAGUUAGAAGAAGAGCAACAGCGUUUAAAGCAAGAGUCUCCCAAUCUUUCAACAGCUGAGGUUGAAAAAAAGGCUAAAGCUGUGGUGCAGGAGAAAUGGUCACAUUACGUUUUUAGAGUCAGCAAAGAGGUGUUGCUAAAAACCUUCCUAAGUGGCGGCAAGAACCUAAUGACAGACGACCCACUGUUCUUGGCGAUUAAGGUAGGAGUAACGGGCGCCAUGGCGGCAGCUGUAGCAAGAAGAGCAGGUUCAGCAGGAGGAGCCGGUGCAUCUGUUAAGGAAGAAGAUUCGGCUGAAGGAAGAGCUGCGGCAGAAGGAGCUGUUGUAGCAGGAGAAAAAAGUGCAGCAAUAAAAUAGAGACAAUCAUCCUCUUCUAUGGUUGCAUGUGGCUAAAAGUUAACUGUCUACAAAUAAAUGUGUAAUUCCAAGUAAAUACAUGAAAACUGAAUAGAAUUAUGAAUGACAUCUAUAUGCCUUCCUUCCAUCCAUGAUGAUCCAACUUUAGUCUUUACUUAAAGUUCUUUUAGAGCGUUAUUAUUAAUGCAUUAACUGAUUACAUAAACAUGGUAAACACACUUUGAAUCGUUUUCACAUUGAUCUGUUCAUGUUUCAUUUUUCAUAUUAAGUUUUAGAAAUGCUUACUGUACUUUUUUCUCAUCUCAGUGUUUGGUAUAAAGUCAAAGUAUGACUGUCACAUGACGAUAACUUUUUCAAAAGUCCCGGCAACCUUUAAUUGAGUUUAUAGAAUCACAUUAUGUCAAAGCAUUGAUUUUUUUAACAAUAGCAAAAUUAUGUUAAUA